GCUCUUCCGGGUUCUAUAAAUAGGGGCCUCUGGGUCUCGUAUGGUUCAUACAGCAAUCACCGACAACCAGGGAACUACUCAGAUACCCAAGAAAGUUUUUGGAAUUUCGCUCGCAUUCACUUCGAGACAAGAGAGAAGAGAGCAAGAUGGCAGGUGAAGGGCAAGUGAUUAGCUGCCACACCGUCGAUUCUUGGAACCAGCAGCUCCAGAAAGGAAUUGAGACCAAGAAACUGGUGGUGGUGGAUUUCUCUGCUACAUGGUGCGGUCCGUGUCGUCUCAUUUCCCCAGUUCUGGAGGACCUGGCGAGAAGGCUGACUGAUGUCAUUUUCCUGAAGGUCGAUGUCGACGAAUUAAGGUCUGUUGCUGAGGAUUGGGCUGUGGAGGCGAUGCCCACUUUUAUCUUUAUGAAAGAAGGCGCAAUAGUGGACAAGGUUGUUGGUGCAAAUAAGGAUGAUUUGCAGAUGAAGAUCACGAGACAUGCAACCGCUACUGUGACUGCUUAAUAGUAUAUACCUACUGGGCACGUAGCUUGCGUUGGAUUCGACCAUAACAUAUCAUCGUCCUUUUUAGCCUGUUUGUGUCCAUUUCUAAAGUACAUCAGUGUGCAUGAAGCUCUUGUUGCUUUCUCCGUACUCCUGUAUUGCUUAAGAUGUAAUUCCAGACGCCAGACUACUCUACUUUGUGGUCUUUUCUUGUGCUGUUUAUUUAUAGAGGCAUGUGUGGAGCUAUGUGAACUUAUCAUUGAAGUAAUAAAAGGCAUAUUUCUGCA